GACUGGGUCAGCUUAUUAGAACAUGGCCGCCUAAAUCUUGAGAUGAAUUUUCGUGAACUUUAGAAGGCAUUUUGGAAGUGUUCACGCUCAAGAAAAAGAAAACACCCCGUGUUUACACCAGAAAAACAUACAUCGAAUCAAACAAGAGGUAAAUCGGCGUGCAAGGUGCUUGGAAUUGAAACGGAUAACCGACGCCAAACCAAAAGCUUUUGUCCUCAGUUUGCGCGCACCUGCUCAGUGGCUAUGGUGGGGUGAUGUAACGUGCCGGUGAAGUGUCAACCCUACUUGCUCAAAUACCGUUCCCAGUAUAACAGUGAGGCUACGUGAAGGAAGUCAAAAUGUUCAUUGACACGCUGGAGUUUACGAUCCCAGUGGAUUUGUGUAAUUUAUACAUGACUCUUCAACAACAAGGGACGAAAUCGCAUCUUGAUUUCCCUGCGUCGGUGAACUCCUAUGGCACAACUCAAGACGCCAAUGUUCAAGUGGCUCUACGAGCAAACAAAGUGACGUUCAAAGUGGAUGGUGUGUCAUCAAACGCAAGCAUAAUUUCAAAAAGUGAAUGCAAAACGUUAAAACUGUCUGUGUUCGAUGUAGAUCGAUCAUUAAUGCCCCAGAAAAACACUAACAAUUCAAGUGGCAUAUCACCAAUUCAUCAGCCACAACCUGUGUUAAACACGGCAAAAAGAUUACAUGAACAGUCUGUGUCAUUACCACUACCACCUGCUAAAAGCAGUAGGACUUCUUUUUCUGAGUCUCCAAGACCCAGAUCUCCUGUUCAUCGUCGCUCACAACCUCAAAUCAGUCCACGUCCAUCUCUAAACACACAAUCAAAAUCUCAUCAAAAUGACACUCCAGUGAAUGUGAAACUAGAACCAGAAGAUCCAGAUUUAAUAGAAAUAGAACCUGACGACAUUGUGCCAAAGAAAGAGACUCCAUACAUGCAAAUAGAUUAUUCAUUAGAUGUACCUCAUACGCAAACAUCUCAAGCAGCUUCAGAAAGACUUUCUCAUCAACAAUCAUCGCAUUCUCAAUCACCCGGUUCUUCAUCAUCUUCCUUCCAUCAAAACGUUCCACAUGCUCCAGAUUACGCCGAACCCAGUACCAGUCAACACGUUCAAGGACAAUAUGGUGAUCAAAGUGCAGAUGAAUUUUUAGUGUUUCAAGACGACAAUGACUAUGGAGACGAUAAUGAAGCAGAUUACAGCAAUGAUGAUAUAAACGAGGAAGGAAGUGUUGCCCUGCCAACAGAGGAUCAGUGCAUUGCCACAGAUGCUUCAAAUACAUCGGCAUCAAGGGAGCUCCGUGAUGGGGUCAACUCUGAUGAAAUGGCAGUCAGUUACAACAUUUUAGAUGUGAAACAGGAAAUGAGUGGUGCCGUGCCAACCGAAGAUGAAUACAUUGUCACAGAUCCAAAUGCAUCAACAUCAAGGAAUGUAGACGAUGAGGAGAGCGAGGAUGGAAUGGGGCUCCAUAUUGACAUGUUAGAUGACAAGGAUAGGAUUGUUCCAGAGAGCCCCACAAGUCAGUCUGCGUCUACAGGGCGUUUCGCUACAGUUGAGGAGUCUGAACUAGAUUCCAUAUUACUGGAUGGGAGAGCCAAAAGCACCCAGCGAACUACGCUAUGGGGAGUAAAUAUUUUUAGACAAUGGCUGACACAACAUGACAAAUCAACAGAGUUUGAGGAACUCCCGACUGAAGAAUUAAGUGCACACUUAAGACAGUUUUAUGCAGAGGUUCGCACUGAAGAUGGUCAAUAUUACUCAAAGUCAUCAUAUAUUGGCCUGAGAGCGGCCAUUCACCGGCGUCUGCGCUCACCUCCGUAUGAUAGAAACAUAAACAUUCUGCAAGAUAAAGAAUUCCACAAUGCUAACAAGGUGUUCAUGGGUGUGUUGGGAAAUAUUAAGAAACUAGGUCUUGACAGUGUUGCACACUAUGAAGCAAUAUCUCCGGAGGAUUUGACACGAAUUCGAGAAUUUCAGUCCAUAAAUUCCCCGAUAAAUCUCCAGCGCAAAGUGUGGUUUGAUAUUACCUUAGGCUUUGGAAGGCGAGGUUGUGAGAAUCAAAGGGAUUUGACUGUUCAUUCCUUUUCCAUUGAAACAGACGAUGAAGGGGUAGAGUUCUUAACACUGAGACACACAGAGGCUGCUAAAAAUCCAACUGAGAAAGUGCAAGGCAAACCUCGUAUUUACGCAACAGGCUCCCGAUCCUGUCCUGUGGCAGCGUUCCGAAAGUACUGCUCAAAAUUGAACCCCCAGAACUCGGCCUUUUUUCAACAGCCGCGUAAACACGCGCAGGAACUGGAGAAUGUUUGGUACACACUGAAAGCCGUCGGCCACAACACACUCUCACAGAUGAUGAAAGGAAUAUCCACUGAAUACAAACUCAGCAAGAUCUACACAAACCACUGUGUCCGCGCCACCACGCUGACGCUUCUCUCCCAUGCCGGAGUCGACUCGCGAGUUAUUGAAACCAUGACUGGCCAAAGGAACCAACCAACUUUCUUUGUGUAUAACACAGGCUCUUUGUUCAAUCAGAAGCGACAUUAUUCGGCAAUCCUGCAUGGUUGUCACAGCACUAAUCAGUGAUGGUGCUCCGGCUGUGAAAAACUGUUUCCAUGAUCCAUUAUUAUGUGAAAACGCUUAUGAAGUACAUAUCUACACACUUAAGGGGAAGUAUGUCUGUUAUGACAAACAGAGUGCUAGUUUUUAAAAUGUCUUUUACGGUAAGCUUGGCUAAAUCCAGCUUGCUGCAUGUUAUCUUCAUACAAGACUUAAGCCCCCGUUACACUAUCAAAAAAUUGGUCCAAGUUUGACUGUUUACACUCAUCAAGUUUUUGACAGGCCGUCAAAGUUUUGGUGGGAAUUAUCUUGCCAAGAUGGAUGCUACUGACGAAAAAUUGUUUGCUGUUGUCAUAUGUAUUUUGUGUAUUGCCAUGUUGAGAAGGCGACGUCGGGGUAAGCAAAGGCAUAUUUGGUCCUGAGAAUGGCUGCUCGUUGUUGAAACAAAUCAGUUAAUUCUUCCAACAUCUCGUCAGUCCAAAAUAGUUGACUCAUUUUGACUUGACUCUAUGCAUUUCCGGUUGAAAAGGGGUAACUGUUCCUUGCAGUCUGAUUGUCUAAAUUAAAUCAACGUCAUCAAACUUUGAUCAAAGUUUGACGAGAAAUAAGAUCGAUUUCUAUUCCAUCAAAGUUCCAUCAAAAACUUGGUCAAAAUGGACUUUGACCAUAUUUUUUUAUCCAAGUUUUUGAUGGUGUAAAGGGGGCUUUAGUCUCAUGCUCACUGCAUGGGUGUAUUCGGUUUGUUGCAAUAAAGCUUUGUGAAAGAGG